AUGACUGCAGCUACUCCGACAGCAUUCGCCAAUGCCGGCGGCUUCCUCCCUCCGUCGCUCCCGUCGCUCCCGUCGCCUGCACCAAGCACAGCAUCGAGUCGCGCCGCAGCAGGAUUGCCUCAUCCUCGGUCGAAGCCUCUGGUACCCGGAUCACGCAAGGAGGAUUAUGCGAGGGAAUAUGUUUAUCGAAGGCUGCUACACAUUUCCAGGCGCUACGUCAAAAAGCAUAGCAUACCAGACCCGCAAGACCUGGUGUCGGCUUACGAAAGCUUCGACGAGGUCUGCAAGGAUUUGGACGAGGUAGUUGAUGUGCUCUGGUUCUCGGGCACCCCCAGUCUUCAAGUUCCAUAUCUCCUCAACGUUGCCCUCGCCAUCACCGAAUACCUUCCAGCUUUUCCACCGUCGCCCCGGCCGACUUUUGCUCUCCUCAAAAAGCUAGACCAUUGCUUCGCUAGUCUCUUGUAUGGACACGACAUACGGACCGGAAAGGCAUUGCCAGGAUUCGAAGGCGACACGAGCAAAGGCAUGACUCGCACAGACAUGGUGAGGUGUAGAAGCUUAGCAGAUGAGACGCGAAGUCUGGUCGCAAUAAAGAUGAGUGGCGAGUCCGAGGUUGAUACCUUUUUAUUUCCGGACGAACUCGACGUGCCCGCUCCAAUAUCCGCAGCACACAAGCGAAAGGCAGAAGAUGAUUCUGAGAGUGAGAUUUUGCACUCUGACCGGUCAACUCUGUCGCCAAAGAGGCAAAAAGCUGCAUCGCCGAACUCGUUUUCGACCGAGACACCAGAAAUCAAACAAGAAGGCAACAUAUCGCCGACGCAAGGUGGCAGUCUUCUUAUCUCUACUGAGACUAGUGGUGCUGGGGCCGGGCAAUUUCACUGGGCAGUGGAAGAUGACUCUGAUGAGGAGCAUGAGAAUGAACGUGACGACGUAAUGACUGGUACGAUUGAGAGGCCCAACCAACAAAUGACACCCGCCUCGGGGUCAGAGACUGAGGCACAGACGUUGGACUUUUCACAUUUCCAAGAGCAUGCGCCAGAUGAUGAAGAUAACGAAUUACAUAUGAGCGUCGCCAAAGUAUACGAGAAGACAAUAAUUUGGCUGGGUCGAACCUUAGGAGAAACUCUGGUUGAGGAAUAA